AGGUUAAAUAUACAACUCUGUCCAGUCCCCCAUUAGGCCAUAGUUUCUGGCAAGUGGAGUAAAGGCAUUUAGUUUGAUGGGACCGUGUGAGCAGAUGCUUCGGUAGCCACGUGUAGUAGCCAGACUAACUUAUAACCUUUAUGUUGAACUAUAUUUGCUUGAAUUCUUGUAGAAAAUAUUUUCUACCAUCCAAGUGAACUGUAACAAUGGGUCAAGCAGAAAGCCACAAUGAGGAGAUGGAUUUGGAGCAAAUUCAGGAGCUGUGUAUGACUUUUAUGAAGGAGUGCCCGAGUGGGGCUUUGCACCUGCAUGAAUUAAAACGGAUCUUUGGUGUACCAGCCAGCUGCGAGGAAGAGACUUUGUACCUUGAGACUGUCUUCCAUUCAUUCGACACAAACAGGGAUAACGCGUUGGAUUUUAUGGAGUAUACGGCCGCUCUUCACCUGAUAUUGCGGGGGAACCUUGAGGAUAGGUUAAAGUGGUCCUUUAAAAUCUACGACAAGGACGGAAAUGGCAAGUUAGACCGACAAGAGGUGAAAAACCUAAUUCGGAUCAUUUACAAAAUCAAGCUUCAUACAACUGCCAUAAACAUGACACCUAAUGAAGUGUGUGACAGGAUCUUUGAGCUGGUCGAUGAAAAUCAUGAUGGCCAGAUUUCCUUUACUGAGUUCAUGGAGGGGGCCCAGAAGGACGAGUGGGUCAUGAAUAUGCUCAAGCUGGACGUGAACGCUAGUGGCUGGGUCAUGCAGAACUGUGUAAAAAUGACCUGAGCCCUCCUAACAGGGUCUACCAUCUACACAGAGAGGGGUUGUGUCCCUCAAAUGGCAUCUGAGUUUUGUCUUUUUCUCACGAGAAACCUGAUGCCUUGGGCCUAAAGAUCUGUCUCUGCCUCCAUGUUUGCUUGCGGUGGUUCAGGCAUAGGCAUGGAGCACUUUCCUCCGUAUCACAUCUCGUAGUUGUUCUUUUAACAUGCUGUCCAUGCACGUUGAUGUAUGUCGGAACAACAGGCCGUCUCUUUUUGAGUGCUGACCAGCUGACAGGAUGGAGUCUCAUUCAGCACAUGGCUGUCAUAGCUCACUGGAACUCUGGUAGAUUUCAAACAGAGUUCAAAGGUCAUAUUGUGUGAUAUGAUAUUACACAGGGUCACUAUCCUCAGUUUGAGUAUUUACAUUGCAUUCAAAUGUAAAAGGUUAUGGAAUUCUAUGCUCAGUAAUAUUGUGACCAUGGUUAUGAAAUUAUCAUAUUAAUAAUAUUAUGUAAUCCAAAUAAUUAUUUCACAACCUUAUACUUUCAAGUACGAAGUAAGCAGCUAUUUCAAAACAUUAUAUCAAUGCAAAUAUCAUACCAUUAGUAACCUAAAUGUGAUAUCAUGUUAUGUUACCCAUAUUUAUUUUUACCUAUUAUAAUGUUUAAGGAAUUUAUAUCACACCAGAGAACUUAGAAUGGGGAUAUGUUAUAUUAUUCAAUGUCAAGUACUUCAAAUCCUUUCAUCAUACCUGUAAAAAACAACGAGGCAUCACAAAAAAGCUUUAAAAACCUUUAAAUAUCAGCAGAGUUUAAACUGUGAACCAAACUGUUGGCUACCGUUGUUGCCAGUUCCCAAAGAGGUUAUUUUAAGUAUUUUAUGGUAAUUUCUUUAAUGUAGCCUACAUUUUGGAAUAGCUUUACUAUUGUCCACACAUCAAGCUUCCACAAAUUGUAUUUGAGAUACUUACAUCAACCCUUUGAUGAAGAAUUAACCUUUUGAUCAAGAAUUAACCUUUUGAUCAGUAAUUAACUUUUUGAUCAACAUCUAGUCAGCAAGUGCUGUGAUAUUUGAUCCAGGUAAUGACUAAAGAUAACACAACAGAUCAUUCUAGAUAGAACAAUCCUCAUACCAAAAAUAUAGAAUUUUGUAUAGAAUUAUGUGCAUUGAACACAUUUACACCAAAUAUCUAUAUUUACAUUUUGUUGAAUCUAAUGCAAGCAUUAGAUUAAGCAUUAAGUGGUCUCACCAUAGCAACCAUUCUUUGUUUAUUUAUUUGACAAUCGAUGCACCCAUCAUGAUAAACCACAGUCUUAUUGUUGUCACAUAGUUGAGAGGUGUACCUGUAAGUAAGCAUUUAAUUGUACUGUAUAUGUACCCCAUGUGUAUCCUGUGCAUAUGACAAAUAAACUGGAUUUGAUUUGCAGGGAGAAA